AUGAAUGCCCUCGAGGAUGACAAAGGCACCACUCCUGGUCCUUCGGGUCCUCUUCGUACUCUCCGAUUACCAAUUCGCUCUGCAGCUGACCACAUAAGGAGAACAACAUUACCACUUCCAACACCUUCAGCAUCUCCCACCCCUCCGGAAAGAUCAAAAUAUGGAUUAAGUUACAAUAUUAGGCAUUACACCAGAAAUCCCAUUGAUCAAAGCUCUGCCGAUCAGGCUCAGAGAAGACUUCACGAUGCGUAUUUGCAAACACAGCUCUGGGGCUUCACGAUCAACGAACUUCAAGAUGCAGGCUGCUGGGAUGAUCCAAAUGCAAUAUCGUCGGAUUUGCAUAGUGGCUGUGAGGAUAUUGGGAAUGGAUACCCUGGAAAGUGGGACGUGAGAGGGAACCAAGCGGUGCGCGAUGCUUUGACUCCUAUCCUGUGUCUUGCUUCGCUGCUCCUGACGUACUCGGCAACUUGGACGUGGUUCGAUGCGCUGCUCUUCUCUCCACGAAAAGAAGUCACUCCCGCGGACCCAAAAGACACCAAAGACGGCUGUUCCAUAGAUAACACCCUAUAUCGAACCUACAAGUUCCGUGCUCGAGAUCCAGCUUCAGUGCACAGUAGUCAGGGAAUGUUCGAGACGUACGCUGCUUCCCUCCAAGCGAAAAUCAACCUUUACAUCAAAUCUGCAGUGUCGAGAGCCCAGAAGGCGGGGAACGGUGAUUUGGUCUAUGGAUGGCAUAAACCUUCCUAUCGGAUGAUUGAAUCUGGGACAGUGUAUACGGACAGCUAUACUGGGAUGGUGGUUUUGAGUUCCGAGAAUGUGUUACCGUUGCUCAGGAAUGAUUUGACGGUCUCGGAGAGGCAGCACUCUUUUGGAAAAUACAUCCAGGCAAAGCUGCCGAAUGUCGUCACCCAGGGGUCAGAACCAUUCUUCGGGGAUGAAGCAAUUUGUGAGCUAGGUCAAUCCUGGGAAAAUGCCUGCUUUGGUGGACAAGUCGACCAUCUCUACAUCAGAGACAAAACAAACAUUUCCGAACCAAGUCUCGGCCAAAUAAUCAUCCCUUGGCCGAGUUGGUACCAUUUCGGGCAAGGACAGGUGACUUCCCGAGUAAGACUCCGAUACAAAUAUCACGAGAAAUACCCAGUUGGUACAAUGACGAUGAUGUGGGUCAUGCCUAUGUUCUUCCUUCAGAAUAUCCAGCAAGUGUCGUUAUGGGCGACCCAAGUUUCGAAAUAUGGUACCGAUGCGUUGAAAUCAGAGCACAUCAUCGGACAUCGUUUGAGCAAAGGGGGAAAGAAUAACGGGUUGGUCUGGGGUCGUGAUGCAAGAGUUGAUGUUGUGGCUAGACGAUUUUUCCCGAAAAGAGAGGGUGUUCCCAUUGGUGACCGACAGAAUGAUUUUCUGGCUGCUAUCAUUACUGCAAGGCAAAAAGCGGCAGCGGACAACGUUAAUGCUGCUUUGCAACAGCAAUCUAUGCUAACCAAUAUCAAAGCUGGAGUCCAGCCAGAAGUGGACCAGGAAGAACUGGACCAGCAGAUGGAACUGGUCAACAAAAUCUUGACAGGGGAGAACUGUAGUCCGGAAGUUGACAACAGUGGCCUUCUUGACGAGCUUUCGAUUUCCAGGUAUCUAGAAGUGCGAAUUCUGGCUAGUCUUGCGAUAGUGAGGGAUAUGAGGGUGGAGGCUUCGAGGAGAAAACACCUGUGCAAUGCUGUACGAGUUAAUGCCAGAGCACUAGCCGGCCAAGAGGAUUCUGAUGGGAAGUGGAUUGCAUUUGAACGAGUUGCUAUUGCGGAGUUGAAAAAUAUCAGGAGGCAGCAGCUAAAUAAGCUUAAGAGGAGGCGGGAAGACGAUCAGCCGGUAUCAAGUUCCUCUUUAAGGAAGGUGAAACCAGAAAUCACUUAA